AUGGUCAUUCGUGGUGGUUCUUGUUUGCAGGCAGGGGACACCUUCUCUCGUAUGAGAGGAUCAAUGUCCAAUUAUUAUGAUGACUACGACGACAUUGAUGAGAUGGAGGAUGACUAUGAUAUGGAUGAUCCUGCUGAUGACAUGGUAGACGAGCAGCGAGGGAUUAGGGAUUCUGAUGCAGAGGAUAAUGAUUAUGGCCAACCGAAUGAUAAGAUCCCAGAUACUUCAUCAGCGGAUGCAAGAAAAGGAAGGGACAUUCAAGGAAUACCCUGGGAGCAGAUAAACAUAACCCGUAAAAAAUACAGACAGUCCAGAUUAGAACAGUACAAAAAUUAUGAGAAUAUACCUAACUCUGGAGAAGAAGCUAUGAAGGAUUGCAAACCAACAGAGAAAGGUGGAAUGUACUAUGAGUUCAGACGAAAUACUAGAUCGGUUAAAUCAACUAUUCUACAUUUUCAGCUUAGGAAUUUGGUAUGGGCUACGUCCAAGCACGACAUCUACCUAGUAUCACAUUACUCAAUUCGGCACUGGUCAGCAUUGAGUGGUGUGGAUACUGAACUUAUCAACGUCCAAGGACAUGUGGCACCAAGGGAGAAGCAUGCAGGAAGUUUAUUAGAGGGUUUUUCUCAGACUCAAGUUAGUACCUUGGCAGUCAAGGACAAUUUACUGGUAGCUGGUGGGUUUCAAGGAGAGCUAAUCUGUAAACACCUUGAUCGGGAAGGUAUUAGUUUUUGCUGUCGAACAACUUAUGAUGAUAAUGCUAUUACAAAUGCGGUUGAGAUAUUUAAUACCUCUAGUGGCGCCGUUCACUUCAUUGCAUCAAAUAACGACUCUGGUGUGAGAUACUAUGACAUGGAGAGAUUCCAGCUAUUCAAGCAUUUUCAGUUUGAAUGGCCAGUGAAUCAUACUUCGUUGAGUCCUGACAGAAAGGUAGUUGUUAUUGUGGGCGAUGAUCCUGAUGGUCUACUUAUUGAUGCCAACUCUGGAAAGACGCUUCAUUCCAUAAAAGGACAUCGGGACUAUUCAUUUGCAUCGGCCUGGAGCCCUGAUGGGCGAACAUUUGCUACUGGCAACCAAGACAAGACAUGCCGAAUCUGGGACGUGAGGAAUCUCUCAAAAUCCGUCCAUGUGUUGAGGGGUAACCUUGGAGCCAUCCGGUCGAUCCGCUUCACCUCGGAUGGACAGUUCAUGUCCAUGGCUGAACCUGCUGACUUUGUGCACAUCUACGAUGUGAAGAGUGACUACAACAAAAGGCAGGAGCUGGACUUCUUUGGCGAGAUAUCCGGUACGUCGUUCAGCCCAGACACUGACACACUUUUCGUUGGUGUGUGGGAUAGGAUGUAUGGCAGCCUGCUUCAGUUCGGCCGCCUGUACAACUACUCGUAUCUUGACUCCCUGUCUUGA